AUGACUGCAACUGAAUCCAAUCUUCAAUCCUCGGUCGGAGUUGGGCGCGAUAUCGCGACAACACUGAACUACAUAAUCCCGCCUGGCCGUGACGGGUUGAAAGCAAUCGAUGCCGGUAUACCCGAUGCCGAACGGCGCAAUGCUAAACGCGAGGGUAUCACGGAUGUGAGAGACGUUGUGAUCAAAGAUAUCCGCGGUAGAGAACACGAAUUCACCUUGGAUGUCCAAGGCUUCCAAUAUGUCAAACAUGAGAUUACUGGGGUCACGAAUUGGCAUGACCCAGCUCAAAUAAAGCAAAUCAUUCAGCCCGCUACGGAAGAGCUAGUUAAGCGACUAACUGGCGCAUCCGAAGUCGUUGUGUACCUCACUCGAACCAGAUUCGAGGGUAAUAAAAACGGAGACCAAAUGAGUACCAUGAAUUCUCCAUCGCAUGGUGUUCACUCAGACAUGACGCAGGCAUCUUGUAGAACUGUAUUGAAGGAUGUCUUGAGUGAAGCUGAGAUCGAGCGACUCCUGAGCUAUCCCUAUGUCGUCGUCAAUGCCUGGAGGCCAAUCAAUACAGUUCGGAGAGAUCCUCUUGCAUUGUGUGAUUGGCGAUCCGUUGACCCUGCGUCAGACAUUGUCCCAGAUCGCAGAAUUGUUUCCGGCGAUGUAGUCGAAUUUGGGUUGCCCGUCUACAACGAAAAGCAUGAUUGGUAUUAUCUGAGCGAACAGCAGCCGGAUGAGCCGCUCAUCUUCAAGCAGCUGGGCAGUGAUGUUGCAUCUAGCGUGACACUGCUUCACUCUGCGUUCGUCGAUCCAGAGCAUAUCAACGGACCCCCACGGGAGAGUAUCGAGAUGAAAUGCUUUGCGUUUUUCACUGAGCGGACUUCUUAA